AUGCGCUUGGGCAUAUCUAUAACGCUAAAAUGUCUACCACUUCAACAUUUUAGAUCAAGAAUGCAUGGUCAAAUAUCAUCGAUCAAUUCUUAUAUUUUCGAAAUUCAGCAGAAAAAUUCUGAUCAAAUAUCAUGGUUUCAGUUUACACUGAUAUGUAAGUCGUUAUUGGAACUUAUUAAAUCGUUAUUGGAUCUUGCUAUCAGAGAUUUCUAUGACUGCAUUCAGAUGAAUAAAGUCCUGAGCUUAAAUUUCAUGCCAAAGGGUGAUUACAGAAGAAAAUUGUGA